GUUGGACCAAUUUUGCUCACCGUUGCAAUUACGAGUACCGUACUGGCGAGACGUGUGGUAUGAGACUUGUUAACAUGACCGAGUUUGAGUCGGCACAAUGCCGUCUUUGUGAGAAGAUCGAGACCAAAUACCGGCGGCGAAGCGCCGAGAUGGAACGGUUGAACCGGUGGAAACGGGAGGGAAGCACUCUUGUGGCCUCCAUGGAUCGAUCACAGAAGCUCAUAUCGGAACUUGAGAAGGAGAUCCGCCAGCUUCAGAGAGAACGUGAUGACCGACGAAAAGCACUGUCUUGAACUGGCGUUUCUUAUUAAUAGGGGGGCUAUGGCGCUGGCGAACUGGAGCUGGACUUUUUUUAUUCUUUUUUAGAUUCCCUUAUUUGCGAUUUCUUUUCAAUUCAGUCCUAAUUUCGGUGCAAUGAUUUCAUGUCUCACAAUCAUGGGUCAUUUUGCUCAUGUGGCUCGUUGGCUGUGUCAUCAUGCUGGGUUGUUUCCAAAAUGAAAACAGACCCAUCUGAUGAUUGGAGGGAAAG